AUGCCGAAAAGGGGAAAGCAUGGAAUUAAAGGGAAAAGGGGGUACAAGCCUGCAAAAGAUAACAUGGAAUCUGCACUGAAACUUGCAGCAGCCAGUUCUAAAAUAUGGGAAACAAAACUGGACAUUGCAAGCAAGUCAAAACAGGAGUUCAGGGAAUGUGCCACAAAGCUGAUCAUUGAAAAUGAUGUCCUUCAUGCACAGAUGUUUCAGAAUGAACGAGAAACAAUUGACGUCAUCACAUACUUGAAAAAACAAGAUGAAGAUAAAGAUGAUCAG